AACUCCCUCCUCCUCCUUUACCACACAAGACGUUUUUGGGUUUUAGCACAUUUAUUUGCCGUGUGGCAAUAACAAAGGUGGGUGAGGAACUACAACAGAGAAGCAUACACAAAUAAGAAAGUUAAAUAACAGACACCUGCUAGACUAACAUACAUACAUUUCUACACUGAAGCUAGCAUAGAUACAAAUGAACGUCGUGUGGAUAAGUAACGUUAACAUAACGCGCACAUAGCUAGAUAGAUGGACCUGGUGGUAUAUAAAAGAGGCUGCGUUAACCUAUCUAACUUAACGUUACACAGAAUUGCGUUACAUAAACGCGAUUUGACAUAAGCUAAUAAUUUAACAGCGGUAGAAAACUAACUACAUGACUGAGAACAAAUGAGCCCGCUAGUUAGCUGGCAUGAACGUAACAUUAGCUAACGUUAAGCAUACAAGCCUUCCGAUGGCGCUUAUUUACGUCGCCCGACUAACACAAAAUAAUAACAUAACUAUAUAAAUAACAACAUCACCUAGCAUGAGUAAAAGGUUUAUGUUAAUUAAAUACUCACAGAGAAUGCUUAACCAAGCUAUAACGUAGAUAGAAGUGAGAUUUUAAAACUUUUUUUUUGCUGCUGAAAGAUGGCUUGUUUUGAAAACUGUCAAAAUGGUUACAUAGCAACGACACAGAAAACAACGGUCAGCUGUUCCUAAUGGCGAGGUGGCCCGAGGUUUACGUGAUGGCUGGACCAGGAGUUACAAUAAGAUUACAAGAAUUUAAAGACCGUGCUCCUUAUAGUGCAAGAGAUUGCUCCACAAGCAUCCUUCGUCAUGGCAGAGAUGUGGAGGGGAUAUAUCCAGGCCAAAUAGCACGAGUGCAUUCUGACCAUACACAAAGUGGUAUGAAAUGUUCCUCCUUGUCCUCGGCCAGCCAGCGUCAGACUGACAGUUCGUUCCAGACCAGCUAUAUGUAUGACCUUCAGGUUCUGCAGAAACUUCAACUUAAAGGAAAAACUAAAAGGACAUUAAAUGGGGAACCAAUACAAACGACCCACCAGGAGGAUUUUGCUUUAGAAGCUAGGAUCUACUACAAUGAUUUCAGAAAAUACACGCCAUCAACAAAUCGUGGACCACUGAGAGAAUUCUAGAAGACAUCUCAGCCUGUGUGUUGAUACAAAACAGAAUUAACUGCAUCUAAACAUAACCAUCUUUGUCAUCAACACAAUUGGGUUUGAUUAAUUUCAAAUAUGUUGUCUGGUAAAACAAUGCACAUCAGGUAUGUAAUUAAAGGCUGGAUCAUCAGUUUUUUCACAUUUUAUGGAUUCUGUAACCUUUUUUUUUUAAUGUCAUCUUUAGUUGUAAUAAGUUUAAACAAAGAAUGUAAUGCUGAUUCAUACUUUAAAGCACAUUCAGAUCAGGAGAGUUUAAAAUCAGCUUCACAUUCACACACCCCAAAGCUGUCUGGCUAUCAGGUUCAGCUGUGCUGAAAUAUAAUUCAUUACUGUGGUUUGACUACAUUCCUUUAUACUUUAACCUUGUGUGCAUUAUGCUUUAUCAGUAAUAACACGUUGUUGAUAGAUAUACAGGUAGUGAACAAAAAAAUGGAAACACCUGAGUAAAUGAGGGACACCAAGUAUAUUGAAAGCAAGGGCUUCCACACAGGUGUGGCUCAUGCAUUAAUUAAGCAAAUAACAUCCCAGCAUGCUUAGUGUCACGUAUAAAAAUGCUGGACAGGCCUGGUUGCCUAUAAUUAUGGCUAGCAUGGCUGCAAGAGGAGACCUCAGUGACUUUGAAAGACGGGUGAUUGUUGGGGAGCAUUUGGCAGGAGCUUCAGUGACCAAAACAGCUCAACUUGCUGAUGUUUCAUGAGCAACGGUGUCUAAGGUGAUGUUGGCAUGGAACUCCGAGGGAAAGACAUCAUCAGCAAAGGGCAACAGUGGGCGGAAACGCAUACUCCAGGAUCUUGAUAUCCAUGCAUUAAUUCGAAGUGCAAGGCAGAACAGGCGAGCAACUGCAGAUCAAUUGACUGCAAAUUUCAACCUGGGGCGCGAGCAGCCAGUUUCAUCAAAAACGGUCUGCCGAAAACUCCACAGAGCUGGAUACCAUACUGGCCCAACGCCCUAUUAAGUGACUUUACAUUGGUUUUUCCAUUUUUUUGUUCACUACCUGUAUCUUUUUUUUGUUGUUGUUUUUUUACAUUUACUGUAGGGACACAGCAGGGCACACUUCCUCCCAUCUCGGAAUGCUGCUUGCCACUUUAUAAUUCUAGAAGAGAACAGGCACUCUUCUUUAUAAUUCUAGAAGAGAACAGGCACUCUUCUUUAUAAUUCCAGAAGAGAACAGGCACUGUGCAGCAGGAGACAUCUUAAAGCUCCAAUAGCUCUCUAUAGCAAAACACAAACUUUUCCAGUUGCUAUUUUUUGUUUAACACAGGUUUUGGUACUAACCUUAUUUGAAGGGGUUUCAGCUAACUUAAUAAAUCUUACCUGUCGUGCACAUCCAUGCGCUAUGUAGGUCUCCCAUGUCCAGUUUUGAAAGAAGCACCUCUUAUUGUAAACAUGUAUUUUAAGAAAGUUCUGUUUGAUUGUUCCCACCUUCAUUAGGAGAUGCAGCUGGUUAGUCGAUAAUAGUUCUGCCCCUAAUGACUGACAUGCAGCAAGCAACAUGCUUUGACCCCAAAGACACUGUUGAUGUACAAUAUGAAAAUGUGAUUCAAUAAAAUUCCACUUAAAAUUAAGCAAACAUGUUUAAAUUAACAUGUAACCUACGUUGUCGUUAACAUAGAAAAAUAAUGUUAAAUAAAAGUUAUCAACAAUCUUUUCUCUGGACCAUUAUUCCUAUUACAACAU